AUGACACAUAGAGAAAUGAAAAAUACAGAAAAUUCAAGUUUAUCAAUAGAUCGUGAUGCUUUGUAUGAUCAGUGCUUUUCAGAAAACGAAGAAGAAUGUCCAGUUAAUUACAGUUUAAAAUAUUCAGAAACAGAAUCAUGUAAAAUAAUAAUUAAAACAAAUGAUGAUAAUGAUAAAAAUAAAUUUAAAAAUUUUUCCAAUUACGAAGAUUUAUGUAAAGAACAACCGACAAAUUACAGUUUAAAAUAUGGCGAGAAACCAGUCGAAGAAGAAGAAGUAGAUGAAGAAGUGAUUAAAAAUUCAAAUUUUAAUUAUUAUCAAAGUGAUAAAGUUAAAUAUAAAGAAUAUAGUGAUUAUGCUGAAACAGAUUUAGAUCAACCAACCGAUUUCACUCUUAAAUAUGGAGAACCGAGUGACGAAGAAGAAAAAAAUGAUAAUUUUAAUUAUUAUGAAAAUAACGAUAGUAAAUCAUCGGAAAAUUUUGUCGAACAAUCCGAAAGAGUUGAAGUUACAAAUGAACAAAUCACAGAGCAUUAUGCAUGUGAGGAUGAAACACCAUUGAUGUUUUCAAGAUGCAGUUCGUUGAAUUCCUUCAGUAGUUUCGAACAAAUAACUCAAUCAAUACCAGAUGAUAGAAGUUCUGUUGUGAGUGAUUUUAGUCGCACUACAAGCGGUGUCAUUUCUCCAAGCGAAUUACCAGAUUCUCCGACUCAAACAGCACCCUCUAGUCCGAAAAGGAACAAACUUGUUUGUUUUUCUAUAAAUGAAGAUUUGGGUGAGAAAAAAAGUGUUUUCGAAGAUGAUGUAACAACAUAUAAACAAGAAGAUACACCUAUUGAAUUUUCAAGAGCGACUAGUUUAAGUUCUUUAAACAUUGAUAAUCCAGUUAAAACUGAUUUUAAUUUAAAGACUAAUUCAUCUGCUUCUUCUGUCGCUGGUGGGGAUGAAAUGAAAAUUAGAGAAACUAGUCUACCAACUCUGCCACAAAAUUCUCAAAAAGAUGUUAAAAAUACUGAGGGAAAAACUGAUGAUGAUAAAAUUAGUAAAACACAAACUAAAUCAGGUUCAGACAUUAACGAUGAAGCUUUAAUUAGUGGAAUAAAUAACAUAAGAAUCGAAUCCAACAGUAAAUUUGUUAUAAAAUGUGUCGAGUCAUCUUUACCAUCAAAGGAUGGAUCAGAGCCAUUGAAUUCAUUUGUAAAUAAAACUCCAGUCGAAGAAAGAAAGAGUUCGAGUUGUUUCACGGAGAAACAGGAAGUGAUGAAAAGGGAAGAAGAGGGGAUAACGAAAGAAUGUAGAAUUUCACAAAGGAUUCCUAUAGAAAAUGAUGAUAAUAACAAGAAAAAAGGAAAUUCGGAUAAUUUAUUAAAAGAUGAUGAUGAUGAUGAUGAUGAUGAUAGUUUGAAAAUUCAUUCGUCUAAUUUAACGAUCGAUGAUUGGUCUUCGGAAUCGUUUACACCAUUAGAAGAAGUACUCGUCGAACAAUGCAUACGAUUGGGUAUGCCAAAGAAAAUCGAUAGUAAAUCAUGUAAAGAACCGGAAAAUUUUAAAUUGUUAGAUGGAAAUUCAUCCGAAGCUUGGUACUCGAAAUCUUGUACACCUUUCGAAGAGGCACUCGUUGAACAAUGCAUAAGACUGGGAAUGCCACAAAAGAAUAAAAAACCUGAAAAUAUACUCGGAACAAACGAAAGAAAAUUAAAUAAAGACAAACAAGUUUGUAAUUCGUCGAAAUUGAAUCAAGUCAAACCAGUUAAUUGUGAUAGCAAAUUUCCCGUCGCUGUCGGAACACCUCAAUACGAUUAUAAUCUGUCGUCACAAACAUCUUAUUUAUCAUAUUCUGGGGAGCCUUGUGCCUGGUCACCACAAUCAUCCAAUACCGUACCGAGAGAGUCCGUUUACAACGGAGGUUGUACGCCAUUAGAAGAAGCACUCGUACAACAAUGUAUACGAUUGGGAAUGCCUAGAAAAAGCAAUGUGAAAAAUUCCGACGUGACAAAUAAUCAUUACAUCGUUAAUAAUUGUGAUGAUCAUGUCAAAAACGCGACGACGACGACGGCCAUGAUGGACAAGCCGAAAAACGCGUCGGAUAAAGAAAGGGAAACAUUUAAAAAAAGCGAACGUUUUAUUUGUAAUCCGGGUAGGAGAUUUACAAACAGGCGUAAAAAAUAUAAAGAAAGUUGUAAAAGAUGUAGAAAAUGUAGAGAAAAAUCAAAGCAAAUGUUUUGA